CCCCCGGCCGCACGCGCUCCUCUGGCCCCGACGCGACCCCGGCCCUGCAGCCACCCGCCGCCAGCCAGCCCCGGGUCCGAGAUGCAGGCGAUGCCCGCGCACAGCCGCGCCCCCUGUUUCCGUGGAGCAAGUGGAAGAAGAGGAUGUCCAUGUCGUCCAUAUCGGCGGCCACGGCGCGGAAGCCGGUAUUUGACGACAAGGAGGACGUGAACUUCGAUCACUUCCAGAUCCUGCGUGCUAUCGGGAAGGGAAGCUUUGGCAAGGUGUGCAUUGUGCAGAAGCGGGACACAGAGAAGAUGUACGCCAUGAAGUACAUGAACAAGCAGCAGUGCAUCGAGCGUGACGAGGUCCGCAAUGUCUUCCGAGAGUUAGAAAUCCUGCAGGAGAUUGAACAUGUCUUCCUGGUGAACCUCUGGUACUCCUUCCAGGAUGAGGAGGACAUGUUCAUGGUGGUGGACCUGCUUCUGGGUGGGGACCUGCGCUACCACCUGCAGCAGAACGUCCAGUUCUCCGAAGACACAGUGAAGCUGUACAUCUGUGAGAUGGCCUUGGCCCUAGACUACCUGCGCAGUCAGCACAUCAUCCACAGAGACGUCAAGCCGGACAACAUUCUUCUGGAUGAACAAGGACAUGCACACCUGACUGACUUCAACAUCGCUACUAUCAUAAAAGACGGGGAGCGGGCGACAGCGUUAGCUGGCACCAAGCCCUACAUGGCUCCGGAGAUCUUCCACUCUUUUGUCAAUGGCGGGACCGGCUACUCCUUCGAGGUGGACUGGUGGUCAGUGGGGGUGAUGGCCUAUGAGCUGCUGCGAGGAUGGAGGCCCUAUGACAUCCACUCGAGCAACGCCGUGGAGUCACUGGUACAGCUGUUCAGCACUGCGAGCGUCCAGUACCUGCCCACCUGGUCCAAGGAGAUGGUGGCCCUGCUGCGGAAGCUCCUCACUGUGAACCCUGAGCACCGAUUCUCCAGCCUCCAGGACAUGCAGGCGGCCCCGUCUCUGGCCAAUGUGCUAUGGGAUGAUCUGAGCGAGAAGAAGGUGGAGCCGGGCUUCGUGCCUAAUAAAGGCCGUCUGCACUGCGAUCCUACCUUUGAGCUGGAGGAAAUGAUCCUGGAGUCAAGGCCCUUGCACAAGAAGAAGAAGCGGCUGGCCAAGAACAAGUCUCGGGACAGCAGCAGAGACAGCUCCCAGUCGGAGAACGAUUACCUCCAGGACUGCCUUGAUGCCAUCCAGCAGGACUUCGUGAUUUUUAACAGAGAAAAGCUGAAGAGGAGCCAGGACCUCACUAACGAGCCUCUUACAGCCCCUGAGACUGGUGAUGCAGCAGAGCCCAUGGCGGACAGCGAGACGGAGAGUGUGGCCUUGCCUAUGUGUGGCUCCAUCUGCCCCUCAGGUGGGAGCAGCUAGGCCGCCUGGGUGGUGUCCAAGGGUAGUUGACUCUCAGGCUGCUUUGGAGACUUAGAUCUGCCACAGGGAGGAGGCAUCAGGGCCAAGGAUCUGCCCGAGAGCCUGCCCUCAAGGCUGGCAGGAGCUGUGGAGGGUGGCAGGUGAGCCAAGCUGGCCAGUGCCACCUGGGCCCCAGUUACUUGCAGUGUGGAGGAAGGGAUGCCAUAGCCCGGCCCUCUGACCACCCGCUGGCAGGUCACAGGGGGCCAGGGGCAGCACGGUGGCACAGAAGCCCUCUGCUCCCUAUGGACUCGGCUGUACAUAGCACACGGCCUUGUUACCAGGCCCUGCCAAAGCUUGUGCACGAGACUGGGGGUGCGGCUCAGUUCCGCUCCAUUCUUGUACAUCCGAGGCAGGGGCUGUGGGGUGGGAGUGGGUGGGAAGGCGAAGAAUGUUUUCUAGCUACACAUUGUUGCGGCAGUUUCUGCUGUGUUUCUGUAUAGUUUUCACCUCUGAGAAUUACAUAUGAGAACUGCUCUGUCCA